GGCGCAGGCGUUUAGUUUGGACACUGUCAUGGUGGGGUGAUUUUAAGGAUCUUUUAGUUUACUUUCAUUUUAUUAAUUGUUGUCAUUGCUGAUCCAUUUCUGCCUUUUCACUGCACUGGGACGGUGUGUGUGCGUGAUGUGGAAUUGGUUUUGGAGCGCAUUUUUUAACCGAUAGGUCUUGUGAAUGCAUACGGUAUGUUGUCUGGAUUAGGCUGCAGAAUACAUCCUUACAUUAAGAGAGUCUGAGCUAAUUGUAGCCCUACAGCCCCCUGGUAAAGCUGUGUCUGAAAGCUCUCCCUGCCUCAGUGUCAGGAUGAAGGUGGCGGUGGAAGGCUGUUGCCAUGGCGAGCUGGAUAAGAUCUACGAGACCAUCGCGUUCCUGGAGAGGAAGGAGGGAGUGAAGGUGGACCUGCUGCUGUGCUGCGGAGACUUCCAGGCCGUGCGCAACGAGGCCGACAUGAAGUGCAUGGCAGUGCCGCAGAAAUACAGGCAGAUGCAGACCUUCUACAAGUAUUACUCUGGAGAGAAGAAGGCUCCUGUCCUCACCAUCUUCGUGGGGGGCAACCACGAAGCGUCCAAUCACAUGCAGGAGCUGCCCUACGGGGGCUGGGUGGCACCAAACAUCUACUACCUGGGCUAUGCAGGAGUGGUCCGGUAUAGAGGGGUCCGGAUCGGAGGGCUGUCUGGGAUCUUCAAGUCGCACGACUACAGGAAAGGUCACUUUGAAUGCCCUCCAUAUGACCAGCAGACAGUCAGGAGUGCGUACCACGUGAGAAACAUUGAGGUCUUCAAAUUGAAGCAGAUCCGGCAGCCCAUGGAUAUCUUCCUGUCUCACGAUUGGCCGCGAGGGAUCUAUCACUAUGGCAACAAGUCUCAGCUGCUGAAGAGGAAGUCGUUCCUGCGGCAGGAAGUGGAGUCGAACUCGCUGGGCAGCCCGGCUGCAGCAGAGCUCCUGCAGCACCUGCAGCCUGCGUACUGGUUCUCUGCUCACCUGCACGUCAAGUUCGCAGCAUACAUGCAGCACCAGGCGCAGAAAGACUCGUUGCCGAGGGCAACCAAGUUCCUGUCGCUCGACAAGUGCCUGCCUCACCGGGACUUCCUGCAGAUAGUGGAUAUCGAGGGGGACCCCAGUGCCUCAGACCGGCUGGAGUACGACCCCGAGUGGCUGUCUAUCCUGAAGAACACCUCCAGCCUGAUCAACACGACCGCCAGGACCUGGAACAUGCCCGAGAACAACGGCCUCUUCUCUCGGUGGGAUUACAGUGCCUCUGAGUCUGGCCUGAAGGAGGUCCAGUCUGACCUAGGGGCUGACUUGCGUGUCCCUGAGAACUUCAGCGCAACGGUGCCCCACUACGACCCCAACAACCCCCAGUUACAGCGAGAGCCCACCUAUGCAGUGAACCCCCAAACCACAGAGCUGUGUGCCUGCCUGGGCCUCACCGAUCCCAACGCAUGCAGGACUGGGGGGGUAGGCUGGGAGGAGGAGGAGGAGGAGGAGGAGGAUAACCUGAGCACAGGGAGCGCAGAGGAGCCCAGCGAAUACCCCACUGACACCUCAGGGCUGUCCAGCUCCGUCAACCCUGAUGAGAUCACCAUCGAAGAGGAGUGGGAGGAGGAAGUUGGUGAGGCAGCGGCGAUGCAGAGCCCACCAGCACGCCUCAUCCUGCCCUCUCCCACUAGAACCAGCAGCAGCGAGAGGCUGAUCGAGAAUCGGCCCCCCUUUUCACUCUCUGCUAGCCUGCCCGAACCCAUGGGGGUGUCGUCCUCUAACGAUUCCACCAAUGAGGAGCCGGCACGGCACGAGGGGACGGGGUUAAAAGAUGGCAUGGAGGGGAACAGCUCUCCCCCUAGUGGAGAGAGCAGCGCAGCACGGCCUCCCAAGCGCAUCAGUGGGGAGAACGCAGCCACGGGCGAGGGUACGAAGAAGAUCAAGAGGAGGAAUCAGACCAUCUACACUGCACAGGGAGAGGAGGGGGAGGAGGAGGAGGAGGAGGGAGACUGCUGAUUGUCGUCACGUUUUUAUUCUAAUUCGGCUUGUUUUAAUUCUCUUGGCAGUGGGGUUUUUAUUGAGUGCACAGUGCCCCUGCCCCAUGUGGAUUGUACGCUGUUGCUGUUCCUUUCAGAGGAAUUGUUUUAAAGAUAUCGCUGGCCACUUGCUCUCCAGUAAUUGUGGGCUUUUCUUUUUCUGAAAGGGUAUUGUUGUCUGUAAACAGUGCUUACAUUUUUUCUGUCUGUUCAUAAACCUUGACUUACCCCCCUUUUUACUUUUAUUUUAAUCGCGGCACGGAACGAGCCAAGGGUGUUGGAGCCGUCCUAAUCCUGGUGCUUUCGUUUUAUUUUAGAACAGCGUGGCUGUCUAGGAUUCUUUUUUAUUGUUUGUUUUGUUUCGCUGAAACUGGAGAAUGCUGUUAACCCUCUUUAAAACAGCAGCCGAGAACAGAUUCACGAAUACCAAACAUUUUUAAAUGAACAAUUAUCGACUUCAAAAUUGAAGCUGACACCUCUGUAUUGUGUCCCUUUACCCAACUGCCACCGCACGCCAGGAAAUUGUGAGGAAGAGAUUUUGCUGACGCUGAUUUUAAUUUUAGGUCGGAAAGCUCAUUAAAAUGUUAUGUUCUACUA